AUGCCCAACUUUUUCUUUCAGGGUGCGCGCGACAUCUUCAGCAAUGUGCGGGAUGAUGCCGCCGAGUCCACAGCAAGAUUCAAGGAGACCGGCCGAUUCGCCGAGAUCUACACAGGUAUACAGCGGUCACAGGAGAUGGCGAUGCUGCGCAGCCUUGAUGCCAUCCGCGAGCAGUUCCCGCAGGGGGCCACCAGAGAAAUUCUCUUCGGCGUCUUGCGCCGUGCUGCAAUGUCGAGUUCUCAGCUAAGCAGUGCCCUCUACGACUUCGCAUUGAGACUGCAGGCGAAGGAACCAGCGCAAGCUGAGGUUGGCAAAGUCAACAUCCUCAGCGAGCUUUGGGCUUUAGACGAAGGUCGAUGUAUAGUCAGCGCCAGGCGUCCCGGAGAGGGUGGUCGCCGGCCAUGGGUCAAUGCUGAUGCAGACAUCCUUCUGGACGAGCAGGUGGCUGCACUGCGCACGACCCUGGCCGAGUGCGCCAAGCGUCCUCUAUUUGCACACGUCGCCCCAGAGAUCUUGGCGCGGCCAACCUUUCUUGCUUUGGUGCGCGUGUUUGAUGUUUUCCAGCCAUCUGAGGGCGAGUCAAGCACGUGCGGUCCCUACAGCCCAACGGAAUUUGCUGCCAUUGAUGACUUUCUGGAGCAAGUGACGCGGACAUCAGUCAUGCGUCGCGCAUUCCGACACAUCACGAAAACACUGCCUGUGUUGCUGACGCGGCCGUGGAAGGAAGUCUUGUUCAAGCUAUGGUUUCAACGAAGGGAUGGCAAGCCUUGCGUGUUCGAGCAUGUUUUCCUUGGUAAUUUGACCGAGGACAUCUCUGGUCAACCUGUAGCGGGUGGCUUCCACUGUUGGCUUAAGUUCUACCUUGAAGAGGUCAGAGGCACAGCACGGUAUCUGGGAUAUAUCUACAACAAUGCUGAAGCGGGCCUGAUGAAUAGCCGGUUCGUUUCUGGGAAAUUUGUGUGGGAUUAUUCUGGCUACAAGCUCGUCAAAGACCAGGGUGGGUUUUUCAUUGGCACCUCUCCGGAGUGGCAGCUUGCAACGGGCACUGCAGCAUACUUCGAGACUUCAACGCCAAACUUUGCGCGGCAGAAUGGCUGGGUUCCUUGGACCAAUGCUUAUGCCUACAACGAGGGAUACACGAAAGAGACGACACAUGACGGCGAGCGCUACCGUCACGUUCUCUGCCGUGCCGGUAGCUCGGGCUCCACAGAUGACUUGGUGGAGGACAGUGGCUUUCUCAUCACUUCCUAUUCAAUCUAUCUAGGGCCUGCCUUUCUCGACGAUUCGUCUGGGCCGGAUCACAUCUGCACAAGUGUGGAGUUGGCAGAAUCCUUGCCGCGCUGGCUGGUGGAGGAUGGAAUCGUUGUCCACCCGGAGGAUGCUUUCAGUCAGGAGUGCGUUCGCUUCUGUGUGGCUCGGGGCUGCCGAUCCGUCCGGGAGUCUUUGUCCAUGCUGCGUGAGGCCUUGGUCUUCGACCUGGAAGAUGCCAUCGCGGCAGCAAAGACACCGGGCUAUCCCAGAAUUACUGAGUUGGUGGAGGACACCUUUGAGGUCGUUCCCACCUUGCUGGUUUACGCCGAGGAGCCGGGUCCUAUGAGCGAAAAGCUCCCCGCACUCCUAGCAGAGCUGCGCGGGCAGGGCCGCAGAGGACCCCGCCUCCACCGCCCGCUGCGCCUGCUGCUGACUGGAAGAGCCGAGGGGGCCCCAAUCGCGGAGCUCCUGCAGCUGCUUGAGCUGGCGCAGAAAGAAGGUGGAGAUGAAGCGGGAGUGAGGUUGGCAGAUCGAGUUGCCUUGAUUCGCCAGAUCUUUUCCAGCCCACCGUUUUCGCACGUGCUAAACGCGGGAGCAGUGGCAUUUGUCAACUAG